UUUUUUUAUUUUUUUUAAAAGAAAUAUUGUUCCAAAUAACAUAGUGAAGAGUGAAUAUAUUAUCGAGAGAGCUAGCACAGUGUAACUGUGCUGUGCUACACAAAAUUUGAAUCAGCAACAAAAUGCAGCAGGGAGGAGGAUCCGACACGGAAGUCACAUGGGAGGACCAGCAGAACAUCAACAAAUUCGGAAGGUUGAAUAAUCGCUUACACGAGCUAAACGAUGAGAUCAAAUUCGCCAAGGAAACAAAUGAUAAUUUAGAGGAUGCAAGCAAUGAGCUGAUUCUCACAGAUGAAGAGGUCGUUCGGUUUCAAAUAGGGGAGGUUUUUGCUCAUGUGCCUAAGGAUGAAGUUGAGAACAGGAUAGAACAGAUGCAAGAGGUGACAAGCCAGAAAUUGGCAAAGCUUGAAGAAGAGAAAGCAACCGUGGUCGCUCAGAUGUCUGAACUGAAGAAAAUUUUGUAUGGGAAAUUCAAAGACUCUAUCAAUCUUGAGGAGGAUUAGUAACUUGUUGAUAGAUUUCUAGGUUUUUUGUGGUUAAUGAGUAUAUGACCUCAUAGACCCUUGGCUUUUUUGAGUCAGAUUGUGUCUCUUAAUUGUAGAAUGUGUCUUGCUUGAACCUCUUUCAUUUUUUUGCAGAUGCUUCUGCCUUUUUGGCUUGUUCAUUCUAUGUGAAAUUUGAAUGUCUUGAUGUUUAACUACCCAGUAAUAACUUAUUUGAGCCUGUUUUUCUGUCGAGCAUUUAUUUUUUGAU